AACAGCUCGCUCGCCUGCUCCAUCACAACACACCAGCACAGGUGCAUGCGUCUCGCUCCCGGCCUGUUCUCAUCAACGACUCGAAGCGCAACUCUCACCCUUCGGCCAGCCCGCAUCCCCUUUAUCCGCGCCAUGUCCGACAUUGCCCAGUUCGUGGCGGCUGCCCAGAAGGCCGACCCUGCCCUCGCCGGCGCCGGCGACAAGGAGCAGGCGGCGAUCGCCAAGGCGACGUCCGAGGUUGCCUCCAUCGCCUCCAACUUGAAGUCCCUGAACGACAAGCUCACCCCGCUCACCUACCUCGUCGGCAACUCGCCCUCCACCGCCGACGUUGACCUGUACGCUCGCCUCCACCCCGCCGUUGCUGGUGCCCCGGCUGGCCAGCACCCCGAGCACCCCGCCGUGCUCCGCUACUUCCUGCACGUGCAGGACCUGCCCGCUGUCCACGCCGCGCAGAAGGAGCUCCCCAACGCCUUCCCCCCCGUCGACGUCGACGUCUCGUCCCUGCCCGCCCCUCCCCGUGCCGCUCCUGCCCCCAAGGUGAAGAAGGAGAAGAAGGACAAGGCCGCCGCUGGCGACGCUACCCCCGCCGCCGCUGAGGGCAAGAAGGAGAAGAAGGACAAGGCCGCCGCGCCCGCUGCUGAGGGUGCCGCUGCCGCUGCCGUUCCCGAGGGCAAGAAGAAGGAGAAGAAGGAGAAGAAGGAGAAGGCCCCCAAGGCCGCCCCCGCUGCUGCCGAGCCCACUGGCCCGCUCCCCUCCAUGAUCGACCUGCGUGUCGGCAAGGUCCUUGACGUCAAGCGCCACCCCGAUGCCGACUCGCUCUACGUCGAGUCGAUUGACGUCGGAGAGGCCGAGCCACGAACCGUGUGCUCCGGUCUGGUCAAGUACAUGACCGAGGACGAGAUCCGCGGCGCUACCAUCAUUGUCGUGUGCAACCUCAAGCCCGUGACCAUGCGCGGUGUCAAGUCGUUUGCCAUGCUUCUCUGCGCGUCGUCAAAGGACGGCAAGGACGGUGGCGUCGAGUUUGUUCUCCCCCCUGCCGGUGCGCAGGCCGGAGACCGCGUCUACUUUGAGGGCGAGAAGUACGAGAACGCCACCCCCGAGCCCCAGCUCAACCCCAAGAAGAAGGUGUUCGAGACCAUCCAGCCCAACUUCUCCACCCUCGACAACCUCGAGGCCGUCUGGACCGACCCCGAGACCAAGACGGUCCACCGCAUCCGCACAAAGGACGGCGUCUGCAAGGCCAAGUCGUUUGCCGGCGCCAGCCUCUCGUAGACGACCACCAUCUAGAUGCAGAUAGCGUGUACGUUAGGCGUGCCAUCUUGAGGGUGCAUCAUGAAGUCAUGACAUGGGUGUGGAUUAGUGGCAAGGUGAUCUGAGCUCUUGUGUUGUGGCGGCCGUUGGUGCGUGGCGCCUCGCACCUGCAGCUCGGUUCCACAAACCCCUUUCUAAGGACAAUGAUGCAUGCCCGCAAGGCCU